AUGGCCGUCACCAACGCCCAAGUGGAUCAGUCGCAGUACAGUGUCCCUUGCGUGAUGCAGUACGUCGGCUGUGUUGGCAUCCCAAACUUCAACAAUGUCUUCAGUCGUCUACUAGGCGACGGCCGUAUGGAACCUGUCAAGUGCCAAAAUUUCUGCAGCGGUAUAGGCGCAACGUACGCAAGCCUGUACGACGGUUACUACUGCAGAUGCUCGAUUGUGCCCCUGACCUCACAGCCCAGCAUCAUCCCAGUCCCUGAAUCUUAUUGCAACAGAUACGACGACAUCAUCUUCUUCCUCGUCGACAUCCUCGUCCAUCUUGACCACGUCCUCGUCAACUUCAACGACAACCUCUCAGACAACCACAGACAUAUCACUCACAACGUCUUCACCCACUUCAACAUUUUCAUCCUCCUCGAUGACCUCUCCAUCAACAUCAAUCUCAACAAGCUCAUCAACAAUAAGCUUCCCAGCCAACACCCUCGUCCCGGCCCCGCUCGCACCAGCACGUUCGAGUUCGUCUUCGACUGUCUCCUCUACUUCGACCACAUCUGCUUCAUCGUCCAGCCCGGCCAGUAUUCUCUCGAGCACAUCAAGUCUAUCGACAAGCCCGGUAGUUUCGAGUACCUCUAUGGAAACAUCAUCAAGCAGCUUCAGUUCGGUGUUAUACUCAAACACCACCACACCAGCGACAAGCUCAAGCAUACCAGCGACUUCGGGCUCUUCAGUUUCCACUACUCCAGUGGCUAUCACUUCCAGCAGCGGAUCCAUCUCUGCAACUCUACCGCUUUCCUCGACGUCUCCUGCUUUGGUUCCCCUUCAACACCUUCUGUGACGCCCUCAGACAGUUCGAUUUCGGGCAACAACACUCCAGCCGCGCCCACUUUACCUGCCUCGACAACAAGCACUAUUCCAACCACGGGUCCCCUCACAAUAGACACGAGGUCCUCGAGCCCGACUCUCGCGUCCACCAGUAGCUCUCCGGGACUGGGCCCGGCUUUCCUUCUCACAGUCACCAUACUAGGUCAACCUGCACCGACCCAAAACCUCAAUCCAUAG